GACCAAUCAGUGGCGGCCAGCGCCAGGAAGUACUCAUCUCCGGCUCUGCGUGCCUCAGGUGGCGCCGAGUACAUCCAGCUCCUGCCCUGUGUCUCACACCGCCACUGAAGAAGGACGAGCCGGUUCUCUGCAGACUGACAACCUGUGCUUACACAUUCAACUCUAACCGAGGAGACCUGCGAGCCCGGAAGGUGAAUCAGAAUGGCUCAGGCGAUACCAGAUGAGGUGAUGAUGAAUACUGCACUAAUAAAAGAGUUGGCAGAGGUGGCCAAAGAUGCAGCACUUCAGCAGGGUGUCCUAAUGAGGAUCAAAGAGACUCCCAACUCAUCGGAGUUGGUGACUUACACUUCAUUCACACUCUUUCCCACGCCUGUGCCUAAAGAUGUGUUCCACCAGGCUCUGGCAGUGCAAACUCACUACAACACUCUGGUGGACAAGAUCAGCCAGGAUGCAGACUUUCUGCAAGAAGCUCUUGCUAGCACCAUCGCAGUGGAUGACUUCACUGCAAGGUUGUUCAAGAUCCAUCAGCAGAUCCUGAAAGAAGGAAGGUCUCAAUCUAUUGUGUUGGGUCUCAACCGAUCUGAUUAUAUGCUGGACCAGAGAGAGGACGGGACGUCAUCUCUAAAACAGAUAGAGAUCAACACGUUUGCUGCUAGUUUUGGAGGUCUCGCAUCACGCACGCCAGAUGUACAUCGACAAAUCCUUAAGGUAGCCGGCCGGCUGGAGGAGAGUCAGCGCAUCCUCGACAAUAACCCUGCUGCUGGUCUGGUUGGAGCAAUUGCUAAAGCCUGGGAGCUGUAUGGAUCAGAGAGAGCCAUCGUCAUGUUUUUGGUGGAAGACACCCAAAGAAACAUCUUUGACCAGCGAUGUAUUGAGUAUGAACUGUGGAAGAGAAACAUUCCAACAAGAAGAAAGGGGUUUGGCGAUGUUGUUAAAACAGGAAAACUCGAUCAGGACAAGAGGCUUUUUGUUGAUGACCUGGAGGUUGCGGUGGUCUACUUCAGGAAUGGCUACAUGCCUCAGAACUACAUUUCUGAACAGUAUUGGGAUGCUCGGCUUCUGAUGGAGCGCUCCCUGGCUGCCAAGUGUCCAGACAUCAGCACCCACCUGGCUGGAACCAAGAAGGUCCAGCAGGUGCUCGCAAAACCUGGAGUUCUGGAGAAGUUCUUCCCUGACCAGCCUCAGGUAGUGGGGCAGAUCAGAGCAACAUUCGCUGGCCUCUACACUCUAGACAUGGGCCCAGAGGGCGACAAAACAGUAGCGAUGGCUCUGGCAGCACCGGACCGGUUUGUCCUGAAGCCUCAGCGAGAAGGAGGAGGUAAUAACAUCUAUGGCUCAGAGAUCUGCAAGGUCCUGGAGGAAAUGAAGGAGCCUACAGAGAGGACAGCCUAUAUUCUGAUGGAUAAAAUCCAUCCCACCCCCUCAAAGAACUACCUGCUGAAGCGAGAUGCUCCCCUCCAGAUCUCCAACUGUCUUUGCGAACUGGGAGCCUAUGGAGCAUAUGUCAGACGAGGUGAAGACAUGGUGAUGAACGAGUGUGUGGGCCAUCUGCUCAGGACCAAGAGUUCAGAACACGCAGAUGGAGGCGUAGCAGUGGGAGUCGCUGUGCUGGACAAUCCUCUCCUCUUCUGAGAAUUUACUCUUUUCCUAACUGGGCUUUCAACACAAAAUGCACAAAUGGUCAACGGUGGAGACAAUGUGGCACUUUUAAGCUGCCUUGUUACUUUGGCUUCUGUAGCAUAAAAAGACUAAAUAAAUGUUUCCCAACAUAUAUAUAUUAUACAUUCAUAGCUCUAAAGUGGUUUAGAGGACCAAUUUUCAGUUUUUACAUGUCUGUCCAAAAUACAGGGCUUCUCUCAAGUACACACUCAAGAGUUUAAGAUACUUCUAGCCAGUUAGUGAUUCAAAAGCAUUAUUCUAAUCUAAUAGGACCACUUCAGUUACACGUUAAAAUUGCAUCAUUUUCAAAAAUGUUGAUGUAUGGACAUUUAUAGGAAGUGUACCGCUACUGUGUCACUUCACAGUAGAAAUAUGAUAAAGUUGGACCACAUCACCACCUUGUGGUACAAAAAUGUUACUCAAACAUGUUCCAAUAUGUUCUGAACCAGUGUAGCCACCCUGUGUUAUUAAAGGUGGUUAAAAACCAUCUUACAACAUAUUUCUGUACAAUUUAAGUGCAGCCUCUCUCUGAUACAGUUUUAAUUUAGGAAAGCCCAGGUUAAAAGGAUUAGUUUAAACAAAAGAAAUAAAGUGUCCUUAAUUAACAGCUGGUUUUUGCUGUUUGAGUUUUAUUUCACUAUUUUUAUCACUUAAACUAUGCCGAGUACUUAAAGGUACUUCAAGCACGCUGACACAGAUUUUGCUUUUCUUCAAUUUUAAUAGAUUCCUCUCACACACACCUAUGAGCACAGUUGAUCAGCUUUUUAUCAGCCACCACAGCUGAGUGGUGAAGUGAACAUGUAUUUAUGCACAAAGUAAUGAUACUAAUGUUACUGCUACAAUAUCACUAGUUUUAUUAUGGGUGCUCUGAUGUUGAGUGGCAGUGACACUGGAUUAAAAACAAUCAGCAUAAAUGAUCAUUUCUACUGAAAAGUGAAAACUGCAGCAAGAGAAGGUUGAAUGACUCAUUAACGUGUCAGGUCACUGUUGCAUAGAGACUAUAUGAAUUGUGCUGGGCUUUACAUACAGGCCAAACUGUGGAUCAUUUGAAAUUAUAGUGACACAUGACCUGCAGUUCUAUAUAAUAGGGACAAUCCUGUGAUUGUAACACACCGAGAGAAAUUGUUAACAUAUGUUGAAGGUAAUAAAUAAAUAAAUAAAAACACA